AUGCAAACAGGCGCACCGCAAUACCCCCGUCCCGAUUUCGAGCGCACGCGGCUCAAGUGGCAAUCACUCAACGGCCAAUGGGACUUUCUGUUUGACGACGACGAUGUUGGCCUCAUCCGCCAAUGGCCCAACACGGGCGUCCCGGACGAGGUGACGUUGGACUCUCAGCCAUCUGCGAAACAAACGGGCGCCGGGUCCGACAGUGACUCCAUCGUACAGCGCAUCGCAGCCGGCACCCAGGAUCUCUUUCAGGGCAACGUCCUCGCCCGCAGCGCCGCCGCCGCACACCGCAAGCUGGCCAUCACCGUGCCGUUUGUGUUCCAGUGUCCCGCCUCGGGCAUCAAUGACCGGGGCGUUCAUGAGGUGCUCUGGUAUGAGCGCCAGAUCAGCGACCUGCGCAGUUCAGAAGAGAAGAGCCAAGGGCAGCGCCUGCUGCUGCGAUUUGGAGCUGUCGAUUACGAGGCUACGGUCUGGAUCGAUGGCCGCCUCGCCGGUUCGCAUCGCGGUGGGCAUGUGCCCUUCGAACUGGACAUUACCGAUAUGAUCAAUGCCACAGAAGCAGCGAGCCCAUCGCAUCGGCUGACUGUGAGGGUAUAUGACUCUGCGUAUGACCUCACCCAGCCCCGCGGUAAGCAGUACUGGGGUGCGAAGCCCGAAAGCAUCUUUUACACCCCCUCGGGCGGCAUAUGGCAGUCGGUCUGGCUCGAAGUCGCUCCGCCCGCACGUCUAGCGGAUAGCAGCCACGGGACCGUUCUUAGAUCCAAUGACAUUGAGGCGGGAACGUUGUCUUGUCAUAUUGCCGUUCAAGGGCGGCGCGCAGGGCAGGCAUGUGCAGUCGAGGUUGAGGCAGCCUAUGCUGGAGUGACGGUGGCCAAGACAGAGCGCACAAGCCUCCCAAGGGAGAAGAACUCGGUUGAUGUAGAUCUUGGGAUGCGAUUGACACAGAACCAGCUAGCCGAGCUGCCACAGACUGCUCUUGACAAGGCCCCAGUGAGCUCCCCCCAGUGCUGGCGUAAUGGCCUAGCCCUAUGGUCGCCAGAGCAUCCACUUCUCUAUGACUUGACGAUCCGUCUCCUCGGUGGCUCAAACAACACCUUGGACGAGGUCAAAACGUCAACGGGCAUGCGGUCAAUCGACUGGUCUCGCGGCGACGGCUUCUGGAGGCUCAACGGCAAACCCUACUUUCAAGCUCUGAACCUGGACCAAGGCUACUGGAAGGAGACAUUCAUGACCCCGCCCACAGAUGACAGCACCAGAGUCGACAUCGAACUGGCUAAGCGUAUGGGCUUUAACGGCUGCCGCAAGCACCAAAAGGUGGAGGACCCAACGUUUUAUUAUUGGGCGGACCGUCUCGGGUAUCUUGUAUGGGCGGAAAUGGCCAACUCGUAUCAAUUCAGCGCCGAGUAUGUCGACCGCUUCAAUCAAGAAUGGACCGAGUCAGUCAGGCUGGCCAUAAACCACCCCUCGGUGGUGACCUGGACCCCGGUGAAUGAGAGCUGGGGAUACACCUCGUUAGGUGUCAAGGAGAGCGCUGAACAGCGAGACCACAUCCGUGCGCUAUACCACCUGACCAAGACUCUUGACCCCACGAGAAGCAUCAACGACAACUGCGGCUGGGAGCACGUACUGACUGACCUCACGACGUUCCACGACUACAGUGAUGGGCCAGAGCUGGAGAGGACCUGCGCUAGCCGCGACCUUAUCCUCGGGCCCAAAGCUGGCCGCGACAUGUUCGUGGGCGGUGUGCAACACAAAGACGGAGCGCCCAUCAUGUGUACUGAGUUUGGCGGUGUCAACAUUGCGCCUGCCACUGCCACGCAAGGCGACAAUGAUCGCAACUGGGGCUACACGACGGCCAGCAAUGCCGAUGAUUUGCUGCAACGAUUCGAGAGACUGGUCAAAGCCGUGACCAAGGGCGGAAUUUGCUGCGCCUUUGUCUAUACGCAACUAACUGACAUUGAGCAAGAAGCAAACGGCCUGUAUACCUUUGACAGGAAGGAAAAGUUGGAUUCUGCCAAAGUCAAGAAGGUCAUGGACCAGGCUUUACAGCUCUUUUACGACAAAGUAGCGGGUCUGUAA